AUGCUGCGUCUCGUAGUCCAUCAACAUUGCGUCUCGGACAAUCUUCCCUGCGAAUUGCUUGGUCUCGACCACGACUUAGAGAAAUUCUACAGAUAUACAUCGGGUCGAUGGCUCUGGAAUGAGCAUGAUCAGCUUGCCUGCCGUUAUGUCAGGUUCAACCUACCUGGACUCCUCCAAGUCUCGUCGAAGGCGAUGGGAGGCCGGUCUUGCGUCGAAAUCGAAAAGCUGCAUGAAGGAAACUUCAACAAGGUCUUUUUGAUCACAUUUGAUGAUGGCCGAGAUUUGAUCGCUAAAAUUCCAAAUCCAAAUGCUGGACCGCCGCACUUCACAACGGCCAGUGAAGUCGCUACAAUGGACUACAUUAGGAACAUCCUUGGCAUUCCUGCACCCCAGGUAUAUGGCUACUGCUCCUCAACAGACAACCCUGUUAGAGCAGAGUAUAUUUUGAUGGAACGCAGUAAAGGGAUAGAGCUAGGCAAAAUAUGGGAAAACAUGCCUGGGAAAGACAAGUUUGAGAUUGUGAGGUCAUUGGUUGGCUACGAAAAAGCUAUGUAUUCUGUCAAUUCACCCAUGUACGGGAGCUUGUAUUAUGCGAAGGAUCUGCCUAACCUAAGCUCGGGUCAAUUCCUCAAUUCCACAGAUGUGGUAGGUGAAGUUGCGCCAUUUGCGAUCGGCCCAACGACCAAUAGAGCAUUCUUCGAUGGAGGAAGAUACAACGUUGAAGCGAAGCGAGGGCCUUGGUCUUCAAUCAACGAUUUCAUCUCUUCCCGUGCCAAUCGAGAGCUGGCAUGCAUUGAGAAAUUCUCGAGAUUCCCUAAUCAGCAAGGGAUGUUCAACGGUCCCAACCAGUAUCGUCCGACCAAAGAACUGAAGAUCAAAGUCCUCCGAGACUAUUUGAAAGUAGCAACACAGAUUCUGCCCAAGGAUGAAAAUCUCUCUAAGCCAGUUCUCUGGCAUUCCGAUCUACAUGCCGACAACAUCUUCGUUGACCCUUCCCAGCCGACCAAAAUCCUAAACGUGAUUGAUUGGCAAGCUGUCAAUGUCUCCCCGCUCUUCCUUCAAGCACGACAUCCUUCUCUUAUCGAGUUUGAAGGGCCAAUUCCAGAGGGUCUAAAACCCAUAGAAUUACCUGACGAUUUUGACAAAUUGAAUGAGGAUGAACAACACCAGGCGAAGAUCCUCCGGGCUGCUCAAUCUCUCUACAAACUCUACGACAUUUCCAUGCUGCGUCAGUGUCCAGACAUUGCCCGUGCAUUGCGCUUUCGAGAUACUCUACCCGGUCAGAUCACCGGUAUAGCAAGCUCAAUCUUCAGCGACGGAGAGCCGGUCCUCCAGGGCAUGCUCAUACAACUUCAGGAUGAAUGGACGACAUGUGCCAACUCCGAGACAGCAUGCCCUCUUUCAUAUACCCCCGAUGACAGGGCACACCAGCAACGUCUUCAGGAGAGUUGGAACGAAGGUGUCGAGCUAAUGUACGAGAGUUUGACGCAGAUAGGAGCAUACCAGGGAUGGAAUGGGUGGGUGAAUCACAGCAAUUACUCGUUGUACAAAGAACGCUUGGCCCGUCAUCGCGAAGACUUUCUGCGUCGCCACGCGUACCACGAUGAAGAAAGAAGUCAAUGGAUGCGAGCUUGGCCGUUCAAAGAUGACGUGGAGAUUCCUCUUUGA